AUGGCGAUUGCGUUGGCGGCGGGGUUCGUGGGCCAGGCGGCGGCGCGCGAGGCGGCCGGGCUGUCGGUCGACAUGAUUCGCCAGAAGAAGAUGGCCGGCCGCGCGCUGCUCCUUGCGGGCCCGCCCGCCACUGGCAAGACGGCGCUAGCGCUUGGCAUAGCGCAGGAGCUCGGCAGCAAGGUCCCUUUCUGUCCUAUGGUAGGAUCAGAAGUGUACUCCACAGAGGUCAAGAAAACUGAGGUGCUGAUGGAAAAUUUCCGUAGAGCUAUAGGUUUGCGUAUGAAGGAAAACAAAGAGGUUUACGAAGGAGAGGUGGCAGUAGGUGAUGUUAUAUACAUCGAAGCAAAUAGUGGAGCAGUGAAAAGAGUUGGUAGAUGUGAUUCUUUUGCUACAGAAUACGAUCUUGAAGCUGAAGAGUAUGUUCCUAUCCCCAAAGCCACAAGGCGGCCAAGAUAUUUUGUCCCUUAUGGGCCAGAUGAUGAAGCCACGAAGACUGAAAUCACCGAAAAGCUACGCCAAGAGAUUAAUAAGGUCCACAUGUUGGAUAUUGAAUGCUUUUCUUAUCUUAACCGUGCACUGGAGAGCCCAUUAUCACCAAUUGUGAUACUUGCUACGAAUAGGGGAAUAUGUAAUGUAAGAGGAACUGAUAUGACAAGUCCACAUGGUAUGCCAGUGGAUCUUCUAGAUAGGUUGGUGAUUAUUCGGACAGAAACAUAUGGUCCUACUGAGAUGAUACAGAUAUUGGCUAUCCGAGCACAAGUGGAAGAGAUUGAUAUCGAUGAAGAAAGUCUUGCUUAUUUAGGCGAGAUUGGACAGCAGACAUCGUUGAGACAUGCUAUUCAGUUGCUAUCACCUGCCAGCGUGGUCGCAAAGACUAAUGGAAGAGAAAAGAUCUGCAAGGCUGAUCUCGAGGAAGUUAGUGGGCUCUAUUUGGAUGCCAAAUCCUCGGCUCGCCUGCUCCAGGAGCAACAAGAAAGAUACAUCACCUAG